AUGGCUAUUGGAUUACCACAAUAUGCCUCAAGCACAUUCAAUACCUGCGAAGACCAGUCGUUACCACUCAUGCAGAGCCCACCAAUGCGAUUCAUGGUGAACCCUGACGAUGUUCCCCUGGCACAUCACAACCCCAUCCCAGUCCCCCUCCACUGGCAGGAUGAGGUUAAAGCUGGCCUACCUCGUGAUGUUGAAAUGGGCGUCGUUGAACCUGUUCCUGUUGGUGAAUCCGUGGGGAACACAUCAUUUGGGAAACACGCCACACACAAAGUCCCUUCCACCAGGCGAGAUCUGUACCCAGUGAUAAAAAGAAAACCAUGUUUGACUGCUGGAACGGAUACCACAGCGUUCCCCUCCACCCAGACGAUUGCCAUAUAA